AGAGCGACGCCGAGUACUCGAGGACCAGCAACUGGCCAGCUUUACUGAAAUUUAUGCUCACCGGCGACUAAGCAACGACCCCCGCGGACCUACGACGGUCACACAUUGCGCCUGCGGCCAGAGCACUUCCGGGGGACAAAUGCACAGAAACUACAGGAGUACCGCGUCCCCAAUCAUGAGCGCCGAGGAGUUCUCCAGGAGCCGCAACUUUACGCCCACCAGGGGACGGCGCUUCUCCCUCGUCGGCCAUGAAGAAGAACAGGACAAGUUCGGCCUCGGAAGGGGCGGAUACGGCAGGUUUGGCGAUGCGUACAGCAGGGCAGGAGACGGAUACAGCGGCGUUGGGAACCGGGAUGGCGAAUACGGACUGAGGAAUCGGGAGUACGACUAUGCAAGGGAAGGAGAUUUGGACAUUCCCAGCUACCUCAAGAGCACCGACUCCAAGCGCAUUUCGUCCUGGAACUGCACGCCAAACAGGGCUGGAGCCUAUGACAGGGCCAAGUACUCGUAUCCCCUCGUGGGAGCCAACAAGUACGAUGGGUUCUCCGGUGACUAUCAUGGCGCUCGCAACGCCAAAACCGGGACCUAUAGCCACGAGUUUAGGGGAUUUGGAGAUGACGGAAGAGUUGGUGACGGAUACAGCGGAAUCGACAACUAUACCGGAAUGAGAAGCGGUGGAUUUGAGAGCAGGUACGACGUUGGAGCAAAGUAUGGUCUAUCAAAAAUGGGUGAAUACGAAAGGACCAGUGACUUGUGGAAUGAUGCACCUCGCAGAGACAGCUUUACCGAGGGUCGGUAUGAUGACUUUCUCGGGACCAGAUAUCAGGGCAGAAGGGGUAGUCACGACAGCAUCCUUGGGAGCAGAUACGAAGGCCCGUAUAUGAGCAGGUGGGAAAACAUCGACAAUGGAAUUGUAAAGGGUCGUACGGAUACUUGGAGCGGAAGCACGAAGGCGUUGGAUGACUCCCCCUUGCUAAAAAAGUUUGAAAGGGGCUCAUCCAGCCCACUUGUGUCUACGAGCAACUAUACAAUUGAUCGCAUAAAGAACAACAUGGAGUCAUGUAAAGCUGCAGAUUACAGGAGUCGGCUCCAUUCUGGACCGCUAUCCACACCCCUAUUUCAGAAUAAUUAUAGAGACUCAAAUUCAGACGAGUACAAUCUCUCCAAACGCAUUGACAAUAUUAAACGCAUAUACGACUCUUCCAACCUCGGAAGACACACCUCUCCCGGGCCACGAUAUUUGGACGUCGAUGACGUAUAUGAGCGUGCCAAGAAACAAAAGCAACAGCUCUUGUCGAUCAACAGAUUGUAG